CGAGCUGACUGCGUGUUGGGGGUUGAUGAGAGGAGAUCAGGGUUUUUUUGAUGUAGCACAGAAACAAGCCUCACACGCGUUCAUUCGUUCCCUCAGUCAGCCAACCAGCCUGCCACACAGCGAGACAGACAAAGAGGAGCAGCAUCCUGCAAGAGGACCGCACGCUCCCGGGGGAUGGGGCACCAUACCCCUGCAUCGCGUUGGGGGUGUCGGAGGAGGCACAGGAGAGCCAUUCAGAGGAGUCGAGGGUCAAAGGUGAGAAGAGCAGAGGGCACCAUGGAGAGUGAACCCGGGGCCCCUGCCUCUACGGCUGGUGGUACUGGGACUGUUUCCACUACCAGCAGCUCCUCAACCACCACCCCCACCCCAACCAGCAGCUCCUCUGGUGCCACGGCUGUUAGCACUACUUCUAACACUACAACCACUGCCUCUACCACAUCAGGCAGCAGCAACACCAGUGUUAGUAACAGCAGUAGUAGCGCUACAAGCAGUGCUACCAGUAGCAGCGGUUCAGCAGGAAGACAGGCGGUGUCACAGAUAUCCAUCUAUAGUGGCAUACCUGACCGACAGACUGUACAGGUUUUUCAGCAGGCGUUACACAGACAGCCCAACACAGCAGCACAGUACCUGCAGCAGAUGUACGCUGCCCAGCAGCAGCAUCUGAUGCUGCAAACUGCAGCCCUCCAGCAGCACAGCCUGAGCACCGCCCAGCUGCAGAGCUUAGCGGCCGUACAGCAGGUCAGCAAACCAGCCUCUCCGGCCAGUAUUGCAGCUGGCAGGCAGAGCUCCACACAGAAUGGCACUUCAUCACAGCAAACUGGCUCUACUCAAGCUACAAUAAACCUGACCACAUCCCCAGCAGCAGCACAGUUGAUUAGUCGGGCCCAGAACAUAAGCUCCACCCCCACCAGUAUCUCCCAGCAAGCUGUUCUGCUCGGCAGCCAGUCCGGAGCCACUCUCACGCCCAGCCAGGCCCAGAUGUACCUACGGCAGCAGAUGGCUCAGCAGAGUAACCUGGUGCAGGUGGCCAGGAGUCUGGGCCGGGCCGUUCCUUUGCCCCAGCAGCUCAUCUUCACCCCAGCUGCCACAGUGACGGCUGUCCAGUCUGAGAGUGCCACACAAGCCUCCUCACAGAACCAGGUUCAGAAUUUGGCUAUUCGUGGCCAGCAGGGGGCGACCACAUCCUCCUCUCAGACUCAGACCCUUCCUCUCAGCCUGAAGCAGAGCCCAGUACCUAUUCAACCAGCUUCACUUGUGAAGAAUCCCAGCCAAGGGACCCAGACCUCCUUAGCUGGGAAGUCCAGUCCCUCUGAGAUUCCCUUAGAUGGAGGAAAGAAAGGAGACGGUCCCGCCGUCUCAGAAGUUCGAGCCAUAAAUAUGAGCCGCAGCAUCACAGCUGUGAAUGCUCAGCCUCUUAUCGCACCUGCUUACACCCAGAUUCAGGCUCAUCCUCUGGUUCAGCAGCACAAACAGCAGCAGCAGUUCGUAGUCCAGCAGAGCCAAGGUUCCCAAAGGACAACAGGCCAGCUGCUGCAGACUUCCUCCAUUCAGGCAUCACAGGCCCCUGUGCCUGUUCUACCCAAGCCUGCGCCUCAGCAGCCCUCCACUCCCAGCCAGCAGGCCACCAUCUUCCACUCCACCCUCAGCCCUCAUGCUCUUCACUCCUCACUUAACCAAGCCAAGGCUCAGCCAGUCCAACUCACAGCGAUCAACCUGCAAAUACAGCCAACGACCCCACGACCUGUUCAGGACAUUAAAGAUAAGCCAACCUCGUUAGUAGUUAGAGAGACGUGUCAGACACCAUCGAAUCAGCAGCAGCAAAGACCUGCAUCUUCUCCAUCACAGCCCUUCAAGCCUGCAGAUCAGCCAAAGGUUAACGCUGCCACCCCACCUGUUCCAGCACAAGGCGGCUCAGCCAAGAGGCCAAGUGUAACGCAUGGGACCCCACCUCCAGCUAUGACCUCUGGAAAUGAGAGCGAAGCGCCCACCGUGACGGGCAGCGCGCCGCAAAAUGGAGAGAACAAACCGCCCCAGGCCAUCGUCAAACCCCAGGUCCUCACACAUGUCAUCGAAGGCUUCGUCAUCCAGGAGGGAGCGGAGCCAUUUCCUGUGUGUGUGGAGCGUCUGCCGAUUCUCAUCGAUAGCCCAAAGAAACUGGAUCAUCAGCUGUCCUCAGACCCAGACAAAACUCCCCUCAGCAAUGCAGCGAACAGCGACUCCGAGCCUGAGGACAUGAACCAACCAGAAAAAGAAGAACCCAAGCUGACCUGUGAGUACUGCGGCUGCGUGGAUUUUGCGUACACCUUCAAGGGAUCGAAGAGGUUCUGCUCUGUGGUUUGUGCAAAAAGGUACAACGUGGGCUGUACAAAACGGGUUGGACUUUUUCGUCCUGAGAAGAAUAAAUCAAGUCGGUGGCGUAAAAGGUCUCAUGGACGUUCCAGUAUAGAAGCAAAGAAGCAGAAAAUGUCCCUGUCACCCCAGCAGCCUCAGGGAGGCUCUAUAUCCUCGCCACAUGCCUCUCAGCCCAGUCAGGAGGAGUCCAGCCCGUGUUCAGACAUGUCCAGCUACGAAGAGCCACCAUCUCCCAUGUCAGCAGCCAGCUCAGGACCCCGCGCUCCCGCUCCGACCUCAGCCCAGGUCCCCGUCCACCGACAAGCAAGCAAGUCCUCAGAGCAAGAGAGCUGCGGCGCAAGAGAUGUACCCUCAAUCGGCGAUCGCUUCAUGCCCAAUGACCCCACCAAGUGGAACGUAGAAGAGGUUUAUGAGUUCAUCUGUUCUCUCCCAGGUUGUCAAGAGAUUGCUGACGAGUUUCGCUCUCAGGAGAUCGACGGACAGGCAUUGCUCCUGUUGAAGGAGGACCACCUAAUGAGCACUAUGAACAUUAAACUGGGACCUGCACUUAAGAUAUUUGCACGCAUCAACAUGCUCAAAGACUCAUAGCAAGUGUUGUGUGUGAAUUGAGGUGACGGCACUAGCAGCACUGAUUGCUCAGUAACUCGGACUUCUCAGCACUACUGGACCACUUCCUCUAUCAACACAAAUGAACUCAUCCUGCUUCUACUUCACCAGCCUGUAGUAAUCGGAGUCAUUUUGUCAUAUUUCUGCAGGCGUGGAUUAAAAAAAAAAAGAGCCUUACAGGGUCAUUUAGUGCUUAGAUUUGAAAAGUUGUGGUUAAGGUCAAAUCACGCAACUUCAAAAACAAACUAAAAAUGCCUAGCAUUUCUAAUGUACUGUCAGGAAGCUAAAAAGUGCUGGUUAAUCUGUACGAGUAAGAAAACCCACCUGAUCAGUGUUACGUUACCACCAUUAGCUAUACUUUAUUCAGUAAACCAGGAUUUUGCUCCACAACACCAAGCCUGAAACGGGAAAAAUAAAAACCAGUUUACAAAAGAGAACAGAUGUAAAAGUAAGCAGUGCUGGAGUACCCUACCUGCUCAGUUGUGCCUGGGUUUGCUCACGCUGCAGCACAAUCUGUGCUCAUCUGUGGCAUUGUGAUAAGCACGGGUGAAGUCUGAAUUUAUUAUAAAGUUCAUGUUUUGUACAGUUUUGUUGGUGUGUGAAAGAAAGAGAUGGCUGAGAGUCUGAGAACAGAAGAUUGCAUUUAAUCAUUGGUGUUAUGUUUUUUUUUCUUAAUUCAAUAGAGGGGCUCCUUUUUACUUUGUCUAACAAAAAACAGCCCACAGCUAUCAAAGAGCAAAACUGGAAUGAAUGCAGAGGGGGAAAAAAAAAACAAUUUUAGGAGCCUCUUUUGUGUCAUUUUUCAUUUCAGUGGGUGGGUUUAAAAUACUUACAAAUGAUCUUUUUCAGAAUUAUUAAGAUAUGGCAUUAAUUUUCUGACUCAGGUUUCAAAGACACUAAUUUAUACAAGGAACAAAAUGGUUUGCUGCUCUUGACAAAACCUGAUUUAUCUUUUUAUUUUGGUCAUCUUUAUGCACAAUAUGUUGUGGUGUGCAAUUGUUUAACAAUGCAAGUUUGUCCAUGUAAAGCAGUUCAUUUAUGGAAAAGCUUGGUACUGUUCUUUCUAUAAGUUAUCAUUUUUAUUUUAAGAAAUUGUUAAUACCAUUUUAAUAUUUUGAUAUAUGCAAAUUUAUAAAAUGCCAUUGCGUUCCUUUAUUUCACGUCUUUUUUAACAAAAAAAAAACGUUUUCUUUGUGUGAUAGAAAAUGAACUUUUUUAGAUAAUUCUUUGUCAAAAGCUUGUAUUUAUGAAAAUGGUUU